GUUCGAGUCAACCGUCCUUAGGGUUCAGUUUGGCAAAGGGCUUUUCAUCACUUGCUCAAAUUACAGCGAAAGAGAACCCUAAAAAAUGUUGUUCUUCUCGUACUUCAAGGAUUUGGUGGGAAAAGAAGUGACUGUGGAACUGAAGAAUGAUUUGGCGAUAAGAGGAACCCUUCAUUCGGUCGAUCAGUAUCUCAACAUCAAGCUUGAGAACACCAGGGUCGUUGAUCAAGAAAAGUUCCCUCACAUGCUUUCAGUGAGGAACUGUUUCAUUCGAGGAUCAGUGGUGAGAUAUGUGCAGUUACCACCAGAGGGAGUUGACAUCGAGCUGCUCCAUGAUGCCACUAGAAGAGAAGCUCGUGGUGAGAUCACAUAUUCAUCGUUAGGUUACAUUUCAGAGGUGACAUAUUCAUCAUCAGGUCAGCAAAAGCUUGGCAACAAUUUGGAAUUGUAUCCAAUGGAGUUGAAAGUUGUGUUGGACAGAAAGUUGGCAAUUAAGAUUGAUAUCACACGUUACAAUGUCGAUAAUAAAAGUAAUCUUUAUGGGAUAUCAAGAUUAACCGAGAAUGCAGACAUAAUUGAUGAAUUGGAAAAAAAUAAUCUUACUCCACAGCCUGCUAAUUCUGAUUCAUUCUUGAUUGGUUAUUCAGAUGUUGGUUCUCAUGACACCAAAGUUCUCAAGGAUUCUUUUUCACAGACCGGUGAAAAUUUAACUCCAUGUGCUAGGGACAAGUCAACUGCAACAAGUCCUAUAAAAUUCAUUUCUACACCAAUUGAGUUGAAAAGAAACCUUGCUACAUGCAUAGAUAUUGAUGAAAUGGAGAAUUUGUCUACUUCUAAAAAUCCUAGACUGUCACCACCAGAUGAACAACCAACUCCUCUUUUGGUACCCAAGAAAGAAAAGUAA